AGAAAUUUGUAAAGAAGUAAACAUGGCCAUGUAUAUGAGAAAAAGAUGCAUAAAAGGAACCUAGAAAGAAGUACCAGUUGGAGGAACAGAGGAAAAUGGAGAGAAGGAAGCCCAAAGCAGUGUUCAUGGCCUUCGGUACCAAAGGCGAUGUCUACCCUCUUGCUGCCAUUGCUGCAGCUUUUGCGUGUGACCAGAAUCAAUAUGAUGUGAUGUUAAUAACUCAUUCGGCACACGAGAGCUUAAGUAUUCACUUGGCUCGGAAGCAUGUUCAAUUUUGGCCAGUUUCAUCGCCUCCGGUUCUUUGUGCUGAUCAGACUGACACUGAGGGGAAAAUAGAGUCGUCUUUUUUCUUGCAGAAAAAGAAAGUUACAAGAGAUCAUAGGCAAGAAUGCUAUUCAUUAAUUGAAAGGAUAUUUGGAGAUGGCCCAAGCUUGGACGGUGAUCUUAUUAUGAUAAAUUUUUUUGCUUUGGAAGGAUGGAGCCUUGCAGAAAGCUUUUGUGUCCGUUGCAUUGUGGCUGCUCCUUAUGUUGUUCCAUACAGUGCACCUUCAACAUUUGAAAGACAGUUCCAAUUAGAACUUCCUCUUUUGCAUCGAUACCUCAUUGAUGCUCCUUCUGGUAAGGUCUGUUGGAAGGACGUGAUUCAUUGGAUGUGGCCUCUUUUCACAGAAAAUUGGGGAUCAUGGAGAAAUGAUGUCUUGCAUCUUAGUCCAUGUCCUUUUACUGAUCCUGUAACAGGCAUACCUACUUGGCAUGAUAGACUGCAAUCUCCUCUUGUGAUGUAUGGUUUUAGUAAAGAAGUGGUUGAAUGUCCUGCAUAUUGGCCUUCAAAAGUUCUGGUUUGUGGGUUCUGGUUCCUCCCUAUUGAAUGGCAGUUCACGUGUAAGAAAUGCAGAGAUAUUUCCGUACAUGAUUCAUCAGCGCAUCAAUAUGCUAAAGAUGACUUGUGUGCCAGUCAUUUAGAAUUGCAAAACUUUAUAAAGACUGCACCAAUUUUUAUUGGACUCAGUUCUAUUGGAAGCAUGGGUUUCUUAAAAGACCCAUAUGCAUUUAUAUGCAUUCUUCAGACUGUCCUGAGCACCACAAAUUACAGAUUUAUUCUAUUUACAGCUGGAUAUGAACCCUUAGAAUCAAUUGUUCGUAGCAUUUCUAACGAAGCAUCAUUUGAGCUGAAAAAUUGCAGCGACGAUUGUGUUCCUCUUUGUAAUGGGCGACUCUUGUGUUUUUUUGGUUCUGUACCAUACGGUUGGCUAUUCCCAAAGUGUGCUGCUGUAAUUCACCACGGAGGCAGUGGAACUACUGCUGCUGCAUUACGGGCAGGCACACCACAGGUAGUAUGCCCUUUCAUGCUAGAUCAGUUUUAUUGGGCGGAGAGAAUGCAUUGGCUUGGCGUUUCGCCUGAACCACUCAGCAGAAAUCAUUUGCUUCCUAAUAAAAAUGAUGACACAAGUAUCCAUGAAGCUGCACGUCUACUAUCAAUGGCAAUCCAUGAUGCAUUAUCACCAACAGUCAAAGCACGGGCUGCAGAAGUCGCUCAAAGAAUAUUGCUUGAGGACGGGGUAGCAGAGGCAAUUAAGCACAUGAAGGAAGAGCUGGGUUUGAAUUGAGAUAUUGAGUGCGACUGAAAUGUUCCAAGAUUCACCCUCUUCAUGAGUAAUUCCAAUUCAUCUUAGGAUUUGUCAGAGCAUUGGAUAUGCUGAACUUUAUGAUGAGAAGCCUACUUAUUGGUAGAUAAUAGUUUAUUAAAUGCACAACUAAGUUAUUUAUCUGAAUGCAUCAUUUUUCUUCCCU